UCAUUUACAGCGACCGGUUGAUUAUUGAUCGAGCGCGCGGACGGGAGAGGCUCUGAAAAAGGGUUUGGAGAGCUUACGUAACAGUUAAUAUCCUAAUAUUAUCGCAAGGUCUUUAAUUAGCGCAAGCACUUCUCAUUUUUUCACACCUCAGACUGUCCUCCCCCUACACACACACACACACACACACCCGUAUAAAGGCCGAGCCACGCGAGCUGAAAGCAGGCAUUGAGACAACCUCCACCGGUGGGUACUUCGUCAGCCCGGGCACAGCCUCCUCAUACCUCAGCAUCGUACAGGUCUCCAGCCUCGCCAAACUCCGGUCAGAAUGCCUCCCUACGAGAAAUCCAUGGAAAUUAUGCCUUUCAAGCAAAGGAAGUGCCUGGCAACAAGAAAAGAUGAAGUCUGCACUAUUCGUUCUAAGUUUCCCAACAAAUUACCGGUAAUUGUGGAGCGAUAUCUUCGAGAGAAAAAGCUUCCCCUACUUGACAAAACCAAAUUUCUUGUCCCACAUGAGCUGACAUUAGGGCAGUUCCUCAGUCUGCUCAGAAGUAAAAUAGUGCUAGAGGCAUCUCAAGCUCUGUACCUACUGAUCUCAGGAAAGAAUGUGUCCUGUUUGUCAGCCAGCAUGGGAGAAGUUUACUCACAGUUCAGAGACCCCGAUGGCUUCCUCUACAUAACCUAUGCAUCCCAGGACAUGUUCGGAUGAAAACACCCUCGGAAAAUGAGCAUGACAUAUAGAUCACCUCACAUACCUCCAGACUGAUGCCUCUCUGAGAUCAUAACUUACUGUAUUGCUGCUAAAUGAAGACUCUCACUGUGCAUCACACCUAAAGCCACACAGACCACCAACACUUGGCCGAGAGGACUCUUCUGGCCUCAUUUCUUAGUAGUUUAAAUCUCUUUGAGGCUAAUGUUGACGCAUAAUCAGUAUUUUUGAAAGAGGUUACAACUGAGCCGUCUAAUAUGAAGAACAGAAAAGUGAUGUCACUUGCACUGCUUCUCAAGCCGCUCAGUUAUGAGGCUCCAACACAACAAAGGGAGUCCUGUCCCUGAAAAGACCUGGGAUGUCCUGUCACAAUGAGACAGGGUUUGUCCGAUGCUGGUUUCUUUUCCUUUUUCUUUCUGUGACUGUGCAUAUGACAAACACAGAGGAGAUGGACAAACAAAAAAACUAUUUUAGCACCUACUGGAAUGAAAAUGACUGCAAGUCAUUUUGUACUCGGCUUCAAAUGCAGUUGGGAAAAUCCUCAAUAAAUCAGUUUAGUUCUUUUAA